AUGGGGAAGAUCUGCACCUUGGGCAUCGUCCUGAGCCUCCUGGCACCAGCUCUCGCCACCAGGUCACCUGACUGUGGUGGGAUACUCAGCCCAUCAGGACUGAGUUACCUUGCUGAAGUUUCAAAACAGCACGCGGAGACAAUCCUAGCACAGGACCUAAUGGCGCCGCAAGUCUCGGAUCUGCUUCUUGACUCCCCAAAACCCACCAGGAGCCAAAUUGACUCCGUCAAAGUUGUUGACCUCUCUCUGUCGCUCAUCCCUGAUGCCGGGCUGCGGCUGAGCAUCAACACAGACAUUGGCAUCACAGUCUCCCCCUCGAUUCCCAAGGUGGUGAGACUGUCCAUCCUGGCAGAUCUCCACGUGGAAAGGAAUCCUGAAGGGAACCUGGAGCUGACAGCUUCCGCCUGCAAGCCCACCGUGGAAGAAAUGCAGAGCACUGAGGAGACAGAAAGCAAGUCUCCUAGUUUGGAGGUGGACAAGGAGAUUGAUGUCAACAAGAUUUGCUCGGAAGUCUCCAGACUGCUCGUUUUGCCGAACGAACGACUGGCGUCUCUGACGGCCCGGUUCCCGGUCACCCCGAGCUGCCAGGUCCAGUACCUGCCGCUGGCUGCGCCCGUCAUCUCGGAGCAAGGCAUCACCCUGUCGUUGGUGACGGCUUUCCUGGCGGCGGGGGCGGCGCUGCCCCUUCCCGUCAGCCCCGCGCCUUUCGGCAUGCCCGAGGCCGCGCGCGCCGCUGCGUCCCACCUCACCCUGGCUCUGUCCGAGCACUACUACAGCAGCCUCUUCUUCGCCCUGGAAAAGGCCGGCGCCUUCAACGCGAGCGUCCCGAGCCCGCUGACCACCGCCGCCAUGGCGCAGAAGAUCUCCCAGAUCGGCUCCCUGUUCCAAGAGGACCUGCCCGUGAUGCUGAGAGCCACGUUCAGGAGCUCGCCGCGCGUGGUGCUGGAGGAAGGCAAGGCAGCCCUGAAGCUCUUCCUCACCGUCCACGCCGGGGUCGGCGCGCCGGCCUUCCAGAACUUCCUGAGCGUGAGCGUGGACAUGUCUGCCGGACUCCUCCUCAGCGUCACCGACGUAAAGAUGAUGAUCUCUGCAGCAGCGAUAGAGGACAUCGAGCUCAGCCUGGCUGCCUCGGACGUGGGUCCCGUGCCGGCUGCAUUGCUAGAGGAAUUGUUUUUGUCUACAAUUCGUGAGGAGAUACCGGCUCAGAUGAACGCGGUCCUGAGCGAAGGAAUAUACCUGCCACACGUGCCCAACUUUGUCUAUACUGAUGUCAACGUCAUCAUUCACAAGGACUAUGUUUUGAUCCCCUGUAACCUCAAGCUACAGCCUAAAACUGGAGGACAGGUCAUCGUGGCCUGA